AUGGACGAUAUUUUAUCUGCAGAUCCUCGCGAACUAUGUUUACAAGGAUCAAUAUCUGAUGAUGAUUAUGAUUCAGAUGAUAUUAAUGAAGAUGAUGAAGUGUACGAGAAUAAUGUUGAUAUAUCAGCAGGUGAUAAUUAUAAAGAAGAGCAGGAUGAAACUUUGCGACUGGAAGAUAGUAUUGAUGAAAGUAGAAGUAGCGAAGAAGAACUCUCAGAUCCAUUGAUCAUUAAUGAGAAACUAGAAAAUGUAUCGAUAGUGGGAAAAGAAGUGUUUGACAAUUCAUUUAAACAACAAUCAUCGAAUUCAAUUUUUGAUAAUGUUGAAUUAAAACCUAUUUUGCCUCGUGGUCGAGGUCUUUGUACGCAAAACUUUACCAAUGAAGGACCAAAAAUGCCAUACACAGUAACAUAUAAGGAUACUCCGGGUCAAUAUCCAGAAUUUGCAAAAAUACCAUACCUUAAAAAACGACGUGUAUAUGACUUGUCUGUUCCACAGCAUAAGCAACAAUUGGAUCCGACACUCAUUGAUUUCUCCGUAAAAACUGCAAAGUUUUCAAUUAUUAUUGAUAAGGAUGAUGCUGAUGAAGCAGGUUGGUUACAUGCUUGUCGUCUAUUAGAAGAAAAUCAUAUUCAAUUUGAUAAAACUCAUAUCCAACGAGAUCUAUGGCAUUUUGGUCUUAUUUCAUAUCCUGUUACAUUGUCAAUUGUUACUCAAUUUGAUUUAAUCAAAUUGGAAGCACGUGAGAUUAAUGAAAUAAAUCGACCGUAUUGGAUUAUGUUCAAAACGCGUCCAAUAUUCAAUGAUAAAUCAUUAAAUACAAUACCGACAACUAUUUCAGAAUCUGACAUAAAACAACAAAAAUCAUUUAUUCGUUUUAUGUUUCCUGUUCAGGUGCAAAUAUAUUAUGGUGCUCUCACAGCAAUGAAUCGUUUUUUCUACCAUGAAGAUCAUGUUUAUCCAAAAUACUCUUAUCAUCCAUCGCUCGUAUUUUAUGAUAAUAAAUUUCAAAUUGAAUAUGUACAAAUUAAACGCGAACAACAUGAUAAAAAGCGAAUUCAAAUAAAAAAAUCUAUAACCACUGAUAUUCUUGAUCGUUCAGUAAUCAUUCAAUUAUUUCACAAUGGUUUUGCUAUUUAUCUAUGUAUGAAAGGAAAUGUACAUGAAGCACAACGAAACGUUAUUUCCAAUGAUAAGAGUACAUCUACUCUAGAUAAUCAACAAGAUAAAAAAUAUUUAAAUUAUAAACGUGUUAGUGGUGAAAUGUCAUUUUUUUCUACCAUUCGUCUCUUAUUUCGUUUAAGAAACGAUGAUAUUAUCGCUGAAAAUCUAAAACGUUAUCCACAAGAAUCCAAAACAUUUGAUGAAUAUAAAUUUGAAAAUUUAGAACAAAUUCGAUUAUGUUUUAAUAAAUUUUUAGAUUUUUUUUAUAAAAAUUCUAUUUAUGUUUGUUUUGGUUCAAUUGCAUCUCGAUUAGCUAAUAAUAUUACAUCUUUAACUUCACAUCGAUUUCAAACAUUUAUUCAAACUUAUUCAUGGCUUAUAUUAAUUAAUAUUGGAUUUCGUUUCGAACAACAAAUUCGUUUAUCAAAAAUAUUUAUUCAAACUAUGAAAAAUAUAGCCAAUGAUCAAACAUUUAAAUAUGAUUUAGAUGAUCGAUUUUAUCGUAUAUGUCUUUAUCUUUGGCGACGAUCAUCUGAAUAUUUUUUCUUAGAUAUUGAUCGAGAAUUAGAAAUUGGUCUAUCAGAAUAUAAAUUAAAACGAGAACAACAAAAUUAUGUUAAUAAUUUAAUAGAUCCACCUAAAAAAGGUUAUGCUUAUAUUCCAUCAGUAAUAAUUACACCUACCACUAUUCGUAUUACUCCAUUAAAAUUAUGUAAAUUAAAUCGUAUUAUUCGUGAAAAAAUGUUUGGUGGAGAAAUGAAUUUUGUAUUAGUUGAAAUACGUGAUGAAGCAUCAAAAAUACUCUAUUCAAAUGAAUAUCGUGAUUUACGUCAACAAUUUGAAUAUUAUUUGAAUGAUGGUUUUCAAAUGACUGAUGAAAGAAGAUACAAAUAUUUACAUCAUUCACAAAGUCAAUUGAAACAAAAACAAUAUUGGUUUUAUUAUCAUGAUAAAUCAAAGGGUUAUUUAUCAAUAGAAGAUGCCUAUGUAUGGAUGGGAGAUUUUGAUAAAGAACGAGUAGUGGCUAAACAUGCAGCAAGAAUUGCACAAUGUUUUACCAGUACUGAGUCAACAAUAUCGAUCAGUGCUGAUUUAGUUAAUUAUAUUCGAGAUAUUGAAAGUGAAGAUAAAAAGUAUACUUUUACGGAUGGUGUUGGAACAAUAUCAACAAAAUUGAGAAAUGAAAUUCAAGAAUAUAUGGGUAAAAAUUAUCCAUCCAGUGUAUUACAAAUUCGUUAUGGUGGAUGCAAGGGAACAUUAUCAGUUGAUCCAAGACUUGAUAAUCAACAACAUCAACUAGUCAUACGUGAUAGUAUGAAUAAAUUUAUAACUGAUCACGACAUAUUAGAAGUAUGCAAAUUAUCAUCACCACGAGCAUUGUAUCUUAAUCGACAAGAUAUUGUUUUAUUAUCAAGUCGUCAAAUAUCAGAUGCUAAUUUUUUAAUAUUACAAAAUGAAAAUCAUUUAUGGCUUAUACAAGCUUUAUUAACAUCAGCAGCAGCAUAUGAACUUUUAAAUGAAAAAAUUUUACGUGUUUUCUCAUUAAAAUCGUUAGCAUGGAACAUGAAUUUAGUUGAAGAACAAUUUUUUCUUAAAUUAAUUAUAAGAACAUCGUAUAAUUGUAUUCAAGAAUUGUUAAAACGUACACGAAUUCGAAUAGCGAAAGAAAAGGCACGAAAUAUGUUUGGUAUUGUUGAUGAAUAUGCUGUCUUAAAAUAUGGUCAAGUAUUCAUUCAAUAUACACAUAUGAGAACAGAUAAAUUGGAUGAACAACAAAAUAAGAAUAAUAACAAUGGUACAGAAGUAUUAACGGGAAAAGUAGUUAUUACAAAGAAUCCAUGUCAUCAUCCAGGUGAUUUACGAACGUUUGAAGCUAUCGAUUGUCCACAGUUAAAACAUCUCAAAGAUGUUGUUGUAUUCCCACAAACAGGUCCACGACCACAUUCAAAUGAAAUAUCCGGUUCCGAUUUAGACGGUGAUGAGUAUGUGAUAAUAUGGCAUGAAGAUUUAUUACCAAAUACAGAAAAUGAUGACGCAUACGAUUAUGAUUCACAAGAAAAACCGAUAAAAUUAGAUCAUCCUGUAACGCGUAGUGAUAUCAAUGAAGUAGUACUGAAUGUUAGUGAACAGGAUUGUAUGGGAACGUUGUCCAAUAUUCAUUUAGCAUAUGUUGAUAAACUCGGUGUCAAAGAUCCUUUAUGUAUGAAAUUAGCUGGUUACAUUUCUCAAGAAGUUGAUGCAAGUAAAACGGGUAAACAUCCGCUUACAGAAGAUGAAAUACGAGAUUAUCGACUUGGUUUAAACAAUAAAUUACCUGAUUUUAUGUUUAAAAAACGUGGUGAACAAUAUGAAUCACCUAAUGUAUUAGGAAAACUCUUUCGUUCUGUUCGUCGUGCUCAACCCGGUUGGAUACGUGCAAUUCAAAAUUCUGGAAAUUUUCAUCAGAAUAAUGACGAUAUUGUUACAGAUAAUCAAUCACAGUCUUCUUCAACAAUGAUACUCGAUAAAAUAUUUUACUACGAUAAAUAUAAACAAUAUCGUUCACAAGCUGAAAAAUUGUAUCAUUCAUAUAAACAGGAUCUAUUAGAAAUUAUAAGUGUCUACCAUUUGCAAGAUGAAACAGAUUUGUUUUGUCGUUGUGAAUCGAUGGGAAAUGGACGACGUUCAGGCGGUAUUGAAGAUUCAGCAUCAAUUGAACUUUUACAAUUAAUUGACCGUAUUAAACAAGAAUUUAAUCAAGAAUUUGAUCAUCGUUCAUGUUGUAAACGAUAUCAAAAAAUAAAACGAAAUUGUAAUGCCUGUUAUGAGGAAAAAUUAUCAAAAUCAUCAGCAUGUUAUGUGGCCUGUUAUAAACAAGCUAACGGUUUACCAGCCAAAUCAAAAUAUCGAAUUUUAAGUUUUCCAUGGUUAUUUGCCGAUUUAUUAAUGGAUAUUCGACGAAUAAAUCGAAAAAAUCAAAAUUUACCUGUUGAACAUAAAUUUAUUGUUAUUGGACGAGCAAUGUUCAAUGCAUUAAUGGUGAUCUUAGAAAAUAAACAAUUAAAAUUGAAGAUUUAUAUACCGAUGAACAAAGAAAAUGAUCUUACUCUUUAUCUUACAGUUCCAAUAUCUCAAAUGUUUAAUAAUAAUAAAAAGAAAUGCAUAGAAUUAAAUGAUAUUGAUAUUCUAAAAGUAUGUUUUGUAGAAAUAUUACACGAUUGGUUAGUUAAACAAAAUUUAUUUGGUAAUGUAUCAUUGAACACAGAUAAAAAACCAUUAAUACCGGAACAAUUAUGGCAUGAAUUAUUAAUACGUUUUCUAGUUCAAGAUAAUAAUCAAUAUUAUGGACAAAAUUAUCAAAUUAUUUUCUCAUCAAAUGAAUUAAUGUCAAAACGUUAUUAUACUUUAGUCGAAAAUAUAUGUCAUAAAGAAUGGACUGAUAACGAAUAUAAUAAAAUGGAUAAAAUGUUCAAUAAACUUCUUCACAUAGCAUUUAAAUAUUCAAAACAAUAUAAAUCAGAUAAUAUGGCAUUUUUAAGUGAAUAUUUAAUAUUAGCAUUACAAUCAAUUGGUAUUGAAAAAAAUUUAACAAAUAUUUUUUCGAAAUAA